AUGCGCAACACCUCGCCCGCCUCGUCCGCCCAGGCCGCCCACGCCGCCGGCCAGCGUGCCCACGCGCGGAGGAAGAGCAGCACCACCACCGCCGCCAGCGACCAGCCCAAGAAGUUCGCCUGUGGCUUUGACGGCUGCGGCCGCGCAUUCACGCGCUCCGAGCACCUGCAGCGCCACCUGCUGAACCACACCGCCGGCGAGAGCACCUGCGAGCGCUGCCGUGCCCACUUCAAGCGCAAAGACCUGCUUGAGAGACACAUGCAGCGCCACAGACAGAAGGACGAGGAGGCCGGCGCCGAGGGUGCUGGCGUCCUCAACACCCGCAAGCGCAUGUGGAAGGACCAGGACGGCAACAUCGUCACCAAGCGUCCCAACCUGGGCAAGAACAGGUCCGCUGCUCCCUCGAGUGCCCAGCACGGCCGGUCGCUGUCCACCUCCACCACGGCCUCCAUCGAAGACGCCGUCCGCGUCCUGGGCGGAGACGCUCCCAUCUCGCCCCCCAUCUCCAGCACCCACUCCUCACAGUCGGACGACUACGGCCGGAGGUCAUCCGACGCGUGCGACGCUACCACAGACCCAACAACCGUCGAGGCCUGGGUCUUCCCCCCGCUUGAGCUCAGCCCUGGCCCUGAGCCACACGCAUAUCCUGAACUGGAGCCAUUGGCGCACGAGACCGAGCGCUUCUGGUCCAAUGCCAGCGGCUUGCAGACGUCAUCUCUGAGGAAUCUUUCUGACGAUGUGCCUUACGACGAUAUCUUCAACCCUGACACUGCCAGCUCGUUCAACAUGCCCUUCACCACCAUGAACAACUACAACUGGCUAUUUGACGUCGAUCUCGGGGCACCAGCAGCGCAGCACUUCUCCACCUCGACCCCAGACAUCCUGUCUGGUACGUUCACAGCAACGCACGUAGACCAAGCUGCUCCUGAUCCUCAGCCGUCCACUCAUACUUUCCCUACAGGCGUACCUCCAGAGCAUACGCCAGCUGUUAGUGAGCUUGCUCUUAUCCCUACGGAUGAACAUUCGAUUGCGGCCCCCACCGCGCCUUCAGCUGCCCUUUCCCAUGCCCAGUCCAACUCUUCAAUGCUGCCCGACAUGAGCUUGCCAGAGUCCACCUCCCUCUCUCUUCCCAGCCUCGAGCCUCAGCACUCCGCCUUCGCAGAUGAGCAGCGUUCUGUGACAGCAGCCUCUACCAUCGGACGCUCGCAAACGAUGAACAUCCCAACCCCCCUGAGCAUGCCCAUCGAAGAACGUGCCAGAGUUGCCCGCGAAUCUCUUGCAACACGCCAAGCGCAGAUCGGUAUUGAUUUUGAACGGCCCAUGUCGUCGAUGAACCGUUCUGCCAGCCUUCCAGUCAUUGAUGAAGUAGCGCGUGCCCAAGUGCUCGACGUGAUUGAAGCGGCCAGGCCAAUCACGCCGGACGGGCUUUACAUCUCCCGGAGUCAUCCUCUACUGUCCCUCUCCUCUCUACAGACCUACUGUGAUCUGUAUUUCACUCGCUUCAAUACUGCCUAUCCUCUGAUUCACCAGCCGACAUUCGACGCUUCCCACGUCGAGACACUGUUGCUUGUAUCUGUCCUGCUGCUUGGAGCAACAUACUGCGAAAAGGACGCUCACCAGAUGGCAGUCUGCAUCCACGACGUCCUCCGGCCCCAAAUUUUUGCCCAUGCCGGGUUUAACGCGAAGCCCGAUCUGUGGGUCCUGCAGACUAUCCUGCUGGUCGAGUGUUUUGGCAAGAGCCGCGCUGGUCAGAAGCAGCACGACAUGGCACACCUCUUCCACGGACUCCUCAUCAAUCUCAUCCGAAGAAGCGACUGCCAGGCCAUCCGCACGCUGUUCACAGAUGAGUGCUCCGGUGAUCUCGACAACGACUGGAGGAAAUGGGCAGAAGCCGAGCAGAAGAAGCGGCUCGCCUACCUCUGCUUCCUUUGGGACGUGCAGCACGCCGUCCUGUUCUGCCAAUCCCUCUGCAUGUCCGCCUUCGAGCUCCGCUCCAACCUGCCCUGCAACCAGCAGCUGUGGGAAGCCGACUCGGCCGAAGUCUGGCAGCGCCUCCGCAAGCAGCAAAAGAGCCCGCCGCUCUUCCUGGCCCUGGUCAAGGCCUACCUGACGCCCGGCGGGCCCCCCAUCCCGCGCAACCUGAACGCCCUGUCCCGGCUCCUGCUCCUGCACGGCCUCAUGUCCAUCUCGUGGGACAUGAAGCGCCGCGACCAGACGUCGCUCGGCCUCGUCGGCUGCGGCAACGGCGGCAGGCACCAGUCCUCGUCGUCCGGCUCGCCCAUUGGCGACUGGAAGACGCGCAUGUCGACGUCGUACAACACGUGGAAAGCCGACUUCGACGCGUACUGCGCCAACUACCUCGACCUCUUCUGCAGCACAGGUGCGGGUGCAGGUGCAGGUCCGGCGGCGGCGGCGGAAAGCCACCACCAUGACAGCAGCAGCAGCAGCAACAGUAACAGUAACAGUAACAGCAGCGGCGGCAACAGCAGCAGCGGCAUCAGCGGCAGCAACGGGAUCAGCCCCCCGGCGUCGGCGUCGGCGUCGACGUCGACGUCGAGCACGACGUCGCUGCUCAGGCAAGAAUUCAUCACGUGGUCGACGGCCAACGCGGCCGUGUACCACGCGGCGCACGUGCUGCUCAACGCCGAGUUCCUCGACCUGCAGAUCUACGCGGGGGCGCGGCACAUACUCGGACGGCCGGUGGGGCGGGCGGAUUACGUGCGAUCGCAGCGGGUGGUCAAGCGUUGGGCGGGGGCCGGCGCGGGGGCGGGGGCGGAUCAUCAGGGACGUACUACUAGUACCAGUACUGGCACCAGUAGAGGUGGUGGUACUGCUGGGGGGGAUCAUCAGUCCAACAACAAUCCUGGACAGGUGGUGGACGUCGAGCGGCUCCGGGCGGCCAGGGCGGCCCGGCACGCGGCGCUGCUGAUCCGCGAGGGCGUCGAGCGGCUGGACGCGUUCGACGCCGGCGGCCUGUUCCAUUACCCGUGGUGUCUCUACCUCGCCACGUUGACGUGCUGGGCUUGGUGGCAUGCGCGGCCGGCGCAACCGCCGCUGGUGGUGCCACCCACGGAUCAUCAUCAGGUCCAACAGCAGAAGCAAAGGAAGCAGCAGCGGCGUCGCGUGCGCCAGGAAAGGGAGGCGCUGAUGGAAUAUCAUCCUGGUGACGCCGAGGACGGCUUCGAUGCCGACGACGUCGCGAAUGCGGAUGCGGAUGUCCCGGAGGACGAGGACGAGAACGAGGACGAGAUGGUGUGGGAUGCGGCGGCGGAGCUGGACGCGCUGGUGGGGUGCAUGACGGCCUCGCCGCCUGCGACUUUGUCGUCGUCGUCGUCCGGCACCACCACCACGACCACCACCACCACUGCUCAAGAAUACGAAGAAGACGACGACGACGACAGCUUCGGCCCCGAGCGCCGCCUCGAGGCCGUGGCGCGCGGGCUGCGGCCGGCGGCGGUGCGGCGGCGCACGACGGGCCUCACGGCGGUGGUGGCCAGGCACCUGAGCAAGGUGCGGUGGGCGGUGGUGCACGACGGCAUGAUGGUGCUCAAGGGGCUGGUGCCGUGGCGGAUGAUUGGGGGCGCUGAGGGGGGGUUGGCUUAG